CCUGCCCAGCCCCAGACUUCAUUUCUUAACAACACACCGAUCGACGAUCGGAUGUUCGUGGAGUUCUCCAAUUUGGGGCCCCGAGCAGAGGGAAGGUACUUGUUCGGGCAGAUGUCGUCCUCCAUGUGGUGCAGUACCUCCCUGAAGGUUCCGCCCAGUUUUUCUACUCUGACCCAUUGGUCAGACCUGGUCGAGGCAGGUCCCCUGGAGACUCUCAAGGCCGGAGUAUACUAUCACCGAGCCUUCCUGGCUGCUGAACAGGAGAUGAAGCGUAUAGCCAGUGAUCGGGAAGAUAGCCAGGUCCUCCUUUCCGCCGCUCGGAAACUAGCCGCAGAUUUGCAAGUUUGUGUUGAUCAAGGUGAAAAAGCAAAGGCUGAUCUAGCGGAGAUGGGGGAGAGGGCCCGACGUCUUGAUCGGGAAAUUAGGGAUCUCAAAGCCAAGGUGAAAGUGGCUGAAUCCGCUGGGAUUCGGUUCGAAAAAUCAGAGGGAGAGAAUCCUCCCGAGCCUUAUACUGCCAACACCUCCAAGAUCACCCAAUAAGCUGUGAUAGAAUUCCAGCGGGGAAAAGGGCUGAAUGCCGCUCUGGAGAAUACCGCUCGGCAGUUCUUGGGACCUCAUCUUGGCCAAUUCUUGCAUGAUAGCGAGGACCCGAUCAAGUCAGGGAUAGAGCUUCUAAACAGCACACCCGAACGAAAAUCUUUCUUGGAUAUCCUGACGGAGAAGACUAUGAAGCAAAGUCAAGAUCUGCUUGUAGAUAGGAAUCUCGACCUGAUCAUGGAACACUUCCCCAAGCCAUUUGAUCCUGAUGAAUUGGGGUUUGAUGACCUGUUCGGGAAUACUUAUGAUCGGGUUAUGGAGAUGAGACGGAAAGCAAUCUCUGAUGAUGCAGCACAAACUGACCGUUCUCAACCUGAAUCUUCCCCGA